AUGAUCCAUCUUGAAGGAAGAUGUAAUAGACUUGCUGCUCAAUCUUGCUCAGAGUGUAAUUGUCCCAGCCCAGAGUACAGGUGUCAGGACUGCUUAGGGUCAGAGAUCUAUUGUUCACCUUGCAUCCUGUUGGCUCAUAAAUGGAAUGGUCAAUACUUCAAGCAAAUCUCUCUGAAAACCCUGGGCCUUCGCAUCCAGCUUGGCCACACCACUGGCCAGAUAUGUUUUAAUCCUCGUCACGCGUUCAAUGAUGAUUUUAUUGUUGUUGACACCCAUGGCAUACAGGAAGUAUCUCUUGACUUCUGCAAUUGCACAACAGCCCAAAGCCAUAUACAACAGCUACUUCAAAUAUUGUGGUUUCCUUCGACAACAUCAGAUCCAAAAACCGCUGCGACAUUCCGCAUUCUUGAACACUAUCACCUACUCUCAUUUGAGUCAAAAGUAUCUGCCUUCAAAUUUUAUAAUGCACUCAGCUGGAUGUCCGAUAACACUGGCUUACUUCCCAUCAAGGAUCGGUAUGAUUCAUUUACACAGAUGAUAUGCGAGUGGCACCACUUGAAGAUGCUUAAGCGCUUGGGGUGGUUAUAUGGAUUAUUCCUCACUAUAGAUGCAAACUUCCGCUUAAAACGCAAGGCUGUUUCAAGUGACAGUGUUGACCCGAGCCUAAGUUGUGGCUGGGGAUAUUUUGUCAAGGACAAAGCAUAUAAAUAUUUCUUGCACAGCAGUGUGGACAGCGUCCAGGAGAAAUCAACGUGUUCAAGUCACAAUGCUGUAAAUAUGGCCGAUAUGAAAUCUGACCAUGGACUCGCUACCACUGGUUUAGGUACUGUCGACUGUGCCUGCCACAACAUGAAACUGCCCAACGCCAUUGGGGAUCUUCAAAAAGGAUAUAUUAACAUGAACUACUUGUUUUUCUCAGCACUACGUCAUACUGAACUCAACACUCUCAAUGUAUCCUAUAAUAUCGCAUGCCAGUGGCACAAAAAAUUAUGGCACCACAUGAACUCAAAUUGGAAAAAGGUUGUUGGACUUGGUGCAUUGAUUUUUGUGAAAAAAAAUGGCAACUUAGAUUUUUCAGGUCAUGCUAUGCUUCACAAGAUAAAGAAUGCAUUCCCAGAGCGUGAGAACCAUUGUGAAGCAUUUGAGGACCUUGAUGAUGGUUUGCGAGGUGAAUAUGGUCCCACCCUCAAACAAUGGAGAGAACAAGUGGAGGCUUGGGAGUACGACCCUACACAGCCUAAUCCUUUCAAACGAAAGGCAGAAACUGUCACUAUGGCUUUGCUACGACUAGAACUGGCUAGGGAGGAUGAGAUCAACCUUCAAACAGGAACUUGCCUUGCCCUACACGAGGAUUGCACCCCUAGCAUAUUAAUCAGUACUGGCUUAGAACUUGAGGAACAACAACGGCAAAUGAAAGCAAACAGAGCUGGCCUCAGAGUUCACGCAACAGAUAAUCAAGAAGGGAAGAUGGUUCAGCAAAGCAACACUCUCCGAUGGAGGAUUGAUACCUGGAUGAAGAUGCAGGAACUAUACAUGCUGUCACUCGCUGCACUAUGUGUGAGCGAGAGUUCAGUAUCUGGCAGUGUGACUGCUGCACCAGAAGCAAUCAAGCUCUGGCAGAUCAGCAGGACUGCACCUUGCAACAGCCACCUCCAGGCCAUUAAAUGGAAGCUGCAAUAUGCACAAGGUCACGAUGCACCUCGCUCUCUGCGUUCAAACUUACAUGCUCAGACUGCAAUCCUCAAGUACAAAGACCGCAACCUCUGUGGACAAGGAGCAAACACAAGGGCACGGAAUACAUUGAAAGCUGUUGAGGCGAGGAUUGAGGCUGCUGCCAGCACUUAUGAUCAGACUCAUGGACAACCAGACAUGCAAAUAGAAUGGUGCAAAGCCAGGGCACGGGUGAUGCGCUGGGCAGAAGAGGUGGAAUUGUUGAAGGAGGAGAUGCGAAGGAUUCUGCAAUUUUUGGAAUGGGAUGCACAGCGCUGGGACGAGCAGGGCCUGGAAAACAUGUUAGAGGAUGCAGCUUCCUUAUGUCAAAUGCUUGCUGAGUCCUUCAAGACCAGCUGGACCAACACCUUGGCACUGGUAGACACAUUUGACCACAACUCGCUCGUUGCUCAGCAAGACAUGGACAUGGACACAUAG